UGACACCAAUUUCAUCGUAGUGUAUUGAAAGUGUGUCGAAAGUCCUAAUUAAAUUCCAAAAAAUUAUACCGAAACAUGGGUCUCUCACAAAAUAUUCGGCCGAAGGUGUGUUGCUUGACACACCUCCCUAACACAUGGGUCCGCCCUGGGAAUAACAUUCUAGUAUAGUAGUAUACAUAACAUCGAGGUUGUCAAUCCGCGGGCUGACCCGGACCCGAUCAACCUAGUGGGUCAAGGGUUAAUGAGACAUCUGUUUUAGCUAGAAAAUAUGGAAAGAGUCAUUAUACUGUAGUUAUCCUGAUAAAUUAUAUCGAAUCGCAUCUAGCAUAUGAGUUAUAACAUAUAAUAUUCCACCAAAAUAACAUGUCAUACUUAGAUCUAACAUAUAGUGAAAUUCACACACACUUAUAUGACACAAUUUGACCUCCAACCCGGUACUUUGUAGCGGUCGACCCGUCGGUUGCGUGCGGCCCAUUUUUCUCACCGGGCCCAAAUCAAAGUGAGUUGACACAUGGGGUUGACAACCUUGCAUAACAUGUAAGUAGUAAAAGGUGUGUUUCCUAGGAAUCAGUCACAAUAUGUUUGGUAAGAAUAUAAUGUAACUUGUUUCUCGAAACAACAAUGACCACAAUGGCAUUAACCCUAUUUGUUGAACUUGUCAUCCAGAAGGAAUUUGAACCAACCAACUACUCCAUGGACCAACCUUCCCUACACAAGUUUAAUGGCGACUCACGUUUUGUCAAUGAAGUUGAAACAGGCAAACAAACAAACUGCCCACUAGCCCCCAAGUUAUUGAAUCCCAUAAAUAUGGCUUCUCAAUUCUUCUUUGCUAAGCAACACAGCUAGCGAAACGUCCAUCGCUCCAUGGAAAUAGAAAAAGGAAAUGAAGGAAAAAUAAUCAUGACGGUUGGUUAGUAGGAAAUUUCAGUAGAUUUGCGGUCCCGAUAUUAUAGUCGAUUAGUCGUUCUUCCCCCUUAUCGCUUUCCAGGAAAAAUCCCGAUUUCCUGGAAAACCCACAGAAUUCUGAUUUGAUUAUUUGAAGAAUCAAAAGUUCUAGCCCUGUUCUUCCCCUGAAGGACACAAGGAGAAGGUCAGGAAAAUUGUCGAUCGACCACAACAUAAACAAUGGGGCAGAAACAGUCCAAGGAUGAAUUGGUGUACCAGCAAGUGAGUUACGGCAACGCCGAAGGCAUCAAAACCCUUUGCAGGGAAGGCGCUGGCCUCGAGUGGAUCGAUAGGGAGGGGAAAACGCCAUUGAUAUUGGCGUGCAUGAACUCUGAGCAUUACAAUGUCGCCAAAACCCUGAUCGAGCUCGGUGCUAAUAUUAAUGCCUAUCGCCCCGGUCGUGGUGGAGGAACUCCAUUGCAUCAUGCAGCUAAAAGAGGACUUGAGCAGACGGUUAAACUACUUCUUUCACAUGGAGCUAAUGCAUUGGUAAUGAAUGACGACUGCCUAACACCUCUUGAAGUUGCCAGGAUAAAAGGAUACACCAAUGUAGUUCGUGCGAUUGAGGAUCACAUAUGCUUAUUCUCUGGUUGGCUCCGUGAAUUUUUUGGCCCCGGAUUUCUGGAGGUUGUGGCUCCUCAGUUCUUGUCUAGAAAAGUAUGGGUUGUUAUUUUACCAACUGGCUCCCGCAAUGCCAGACAGCCUUUCAAGUUGGAGCUUGCCAUAUAUACUAGUUCACAGGUUGCCAAACCUCGUAUGGUGAUCUCCUUGUGGAAAGCUAAUCUUGAGGAACCAAAGUUGCACCAGGCUGAUCCUUCAGUAGCAAUUGUUGACAAUUCGAAUAUGCCAAGGGGCCGGAGGCGGAGACGAAUGAGGCAUAAGCCUCCUACAGUUAGGCAAACACGGAUCAAACUUGCUGCUGGAAAUGAAGGCGACAGGCAACAGCUGCAAUGGUUUUGUGAUGCAUGCAAAGGAAUUCCUCAGGCAACCCAUCUUCCUCAAUUUCUGCAUACUUCACAGCCUCCAGCUUCUGCACCUCCACCUCUUGAUGAUGCCGAAUUAGCAAUGGCCAUGAGUGCCUCUUUCCAGUCUUCUAUAAACGUGAGCCCAGCUGCAAUUGCCAGCAGCGAAUCAAGCGCCGCUGCCUCCAUUAGUGCAAAUAACUUUGUGAAGGGGGGCAGCAGCCAAGGUCCACCUUCUGAAGCGAGUUCCAGCAAGUGGCAGCCAGUGCAUGAAUCUGGCAGUAGCAGCAGCAAUUCCAAGCUGCAACCAGAAAUCCAUAAUAAUGCUACCAACUCCGCUGAUGUCUCAACAGCAGCACCUCAAUCAUCUAGCUUGGCCCCACCUUCAGCUCCACCGCUUGUCGAUGCAAUUGUGGAAGAAGGCCCCAUUCACUAUCCAAGAAUAGAUUUCGACGCUGUUGAUAUGUCUUCCGCAGAACCAAUUGUGGAAUCGCCAGUCAAAGCUGGCGACAAGAAGGAAGAAGGGGGAUCUUCUGUGUGUGUGAUAUGUUUGGAUGCGCCAGUUGAAGGGGCUUGCGUCCCAUGUGGCCACAUGGCUGGAUGUAUGUCUUGUUUGAAGGAGAUCCAGGCCAAGAAAUGGGGUUGUCCUGUGUGCCGUACCAAGAUUGAUCAGGUUGUGAGGCUGUAUGCUGUUUGAUCUUCUGCAUCACCUGCUUUUGAUUCGUCAUUUAAGCGGGUGGGUAUUAUUAUUUUGGUCAUUUAAGGAAAAUCCCUUUGAGGAAGCAAAUUACAGCGAGAAGCGUUGUUAAUCUUUCAACUUGUUUCCCUGUAGGUUUCCUGAGUACUAUUUAUCACUGCACUGUUGGAAAGAUUCUGAUCUGUCCAGGGAACCAUCAGCCAUAGGGCAGGUAAGUCUUGCCUUGUGAAGGAAGCUAUAUCCUAUUAUUGGCAGCCAUGUCAGCAAGAAGUUUGUAUAUAUAUCACCGAGUAUCCUCAUAGAUGAAGUUCAAAAAUAGUAUUGUAGCUUGUGAAGUGUGUCUAUGUAUACCUUUGAUCUGGUGUACAGUUGUUUCUUAAAAGUACCUCGUGAACAUCCCGCUGAUGUGUAUGAAUGAUCGAGGAUCAUUUUCAGCUUGUGCUACUUCAUCCAAAUAUUUACUCAUCCAGUUUUUGGCAUGCAAUGUUAUAUGUUGUGAUGUAUGAAAGGAGAGCCCAAAAAUUAUAUUUUGCUCUGUAGUUUCUCCUAGAAAUUUAUAUUUGUGGUUAAUGUUCAUAUAUGUUCAGAGGGUUUUCACUUUUCAGGCUAGCCUUAGUAAGGACGGAUUAUAAUGAACAUAAUAGAUUUAUACCUUGUACUAUAAAAGAGUGCUGUAAUCCAGGUUUGCCCACGGUGGUGAAGGUGAUGGAUGGACUCAUCUGAAGCAGGUUUUAAGUUAUAUACACCAUCUCACUUGCUUCCUCCUGAAUGUACCCUUUCGCCACUUCCUACAUCCGAAGAUGUCUUUGUUUGUCUGGGAUAGAGUACCUGAAGGUAGAGUAUAAGUAGAAGUGGGUGGCUUCUUAUUUAUGCAACGGUAAAACUCUAUAAAAUUACUGAACAAUGAAGUGGCAAGUAGGAAAGGGUAUUUGGCAGGUCACCAACCAAACUCAUGGCAAGUAGGAGUUUAUCCAGUGUAGUGGCUACGAAAGAUUUUCAAAGAUGAUUCGAAUUGUCCGCAUAUAGUGCCUAUUACUAUACUUUGUGAGUAUAUUGUUCCAGUGAGUCUCCUACUCUUAAAAAUGUUUUAUAGGUGUCGGAACUAUAUCUAAUUUAUACAUUCGAAAAUCCUACUUGACAAAGUGGUAUAAAAGAUACAAAUAAAG